CAGCCAUCCACAGCCGCAGUCGUAAUCGUGGAGCGAUGGUGGUUGGACUAGCAAGACGUUACACUUUUCUGGAAACGCGGUGAUAAUUCAGUACCUAAGGACUCUUGUAUAUAUCAGGGAAUAUGAGCAAGGGAGACAUGUCAUGCCGACCCGCUUCGCUGAAAUUCACCAUCGACAACAUCCUGAAUCUGAAGCAGAAUAACAAGGAAUCAGACGCUCAUCAUGCCAAACAGCUCACAGAAGCAGACAAUAAAAAUGAUUUUCAGCGCAGACUCGAGGACCACGGAGUUCAAAGCAGGAACGAGACGGAGUAUUUGGUGCACGAAAAAGACGAAACAAACACAGACUGCUAUACUGCCUCUGCUCAUGCCAUCGCGGUCUGUGGGGAAGACGCUAUAAAGAUCAUAAACACAUGCCCAAGGACAGACAGCGCAGACAGCUGUGGCGAUGUUGCAUCGCACCACAAACUCAACAAAAAAAGCAAAACCGCUACGAAAAAGAAAACGCGCACUAUCUUUUCAAAAAGACAAAUUUUCCAACUGGAAUCCACAUUCGACAUGAAACGGUAUCUCAGCAGCGCAGAACGGGCUUGUCUGGCUAAUUCCUUACAACUGACCGAAACGCAAGUAAAAAUAUGGUUCCAGAACCGAAGGAAUAAAUUGAAACGUCAGCUAUCGACGGAACUAGAAGGACCCAGCGCAGUGGACCACUUCGCUGAUGUCGGGAAGACUGUGCAACUUCCAGCCCUCUACAAAGAAAACAAUCUACUGGGCAGAUGUUUGCUACCAAUGCCUUUCCCACUCGUGUACCCUGGAAACAGUACGCCUUACUUGUGUUUUUCAAACGCCAGCAAAUAUUUUAGCCUUUUCGAUGGAGAUGUAUGAGUUCACGUUUUGAAUCUUUUUGCGAAGUCACUGAAAUGCUACGCCAAUGCCAGUGCGGUUCUGGCCACUUCGUCUGCGUUUUGCUUCGAUUGUACAAUGGAAAUUAAUCACGUGGGUCAAUUUUAAAUUUAGGUAAAGAUCCUAGAGACCCCUGUGACAUCAAUAUGCAAAUUUGGUUAUUAUAAAUUUUUACUGUAAUCUAUACACACUUUUGAUAUAUUUGAUAGAUUAUGCUUUCAUUACAUUUGUAAUAGGCCUAUACGUUAUAAUUGCAUCAUUUUUGAAAGCAGCAAGUUAGGGGUUACUAUCUUACUACCUGAACGGUGUGCAGUUUCACGUUCAUUAUUAUUUUGUAGUUGUAUAUUUUAUAUUGCAUUUGUGUCUUAGUUUAUCAUACUUGCUGAUAUCACCUUGUUUA